CUCUGAGCAGAGCAAGAGCAGAGAACCCAAGCGACUCAACAUCAAGGCUAGACAGCAGAUAAUAUACAUUAGGCAGUAGGCAACCCACUGCGAUAUAGCAUACACACACACACACCUACACACACAUACAAACCGAACUCAACUCAAGUGAACUCAACUCAAAAACAACAAGUAAUCACCUUGAAAAAAAAGGCUGAUAAGAACUUGACUGGACCAAAACAAGCAACAAAUACUAACAGGGUCCACAGUCAAAAAAUUCAACUCUGAACUAUUGACAACUCCGGCUACCGCGACUCUUAGGGAAUGGUCAGCACCGGCACACCUUGAUUUAUUCUCAGUCAUUGGUUCUGAGAAAAGAAGAGAAGUGGAUGUUCAUACUUUUCUGGACCGAGACGAGCCUUCCUGGAGCCUGCAAGCUCUAGAAGAGACAGUGAGGAGAGAUAGGAGGAGGAGAAGAAGAACAACAACAAGAAAAAGAAGAGGCGAUCACAGCAUCUUCCUUUUCGUUCGUUCUCAUCCCACAGGGGCUUGCUGGGGAUCUCUCUCUCUCUCCACCUCUCUGCACUCGUUCACUGUUCUGCACUCAGACUCUGCACACAGACUCCACAGAGAUGGCUGCAGCCAAGACAGAGCUCCUGCCUGCCCUGCAGAUCUCGGACCCCCUGAGCUUCCCCCACUCGCCCAUGGAUAGCUACCCUAAGCUGGAGGAGAUGAUCAUGCUCAACUCGGCGGGGACCCCCUUCCUCAACGCCUCCGUGCCUGAGGGCACAUGCUUCAGCGGGGAAGCGGGGGAGCAGUACGACCACCUGACUGGAGACACUAUUUCUGAAAUUGCCAUCAACUGCGAGAAGCUGCCUGAGCAGGGUUACCCCACCCAGAGGCUGCCCCCCAUCUCCUACACAGGGCGCUUCACCCUCGAACCUGCCACCAACUGCAGCAACAGCCUAUGGGCGGAGCCUCUCUUCAGCCUGGUCAGCGGCUUGGUGGGCAUCAACCCACCCCCUGCCUCAAUUCCCUCCUCUUCGGCUUCCCUGGCCACUCCUUCUUCGGCCACUUCGUCUUCCACCCCCUCUUCCUCGUCCUCCUCUGCCUCAUCUUCUUCCUCAUCCUCGACAGCAUCUGCGCUGAGCUGCUCUGUCCAUCACAGUGAGCCCAACCCCAUCUACUCAGCCGCUCCCACCUACUCAAGUGCCAGCCCUGACAUCUUCCCUGAGCCAGGCUCUGGCUUCCCCUCGGCAGUGACCAGCAGCUCCUUGCCAUACCCACCCCCAGCCUACCCUGGUGGCAAGGCCUGCAGCACCAGCUUUCCUGUGCCCAUGAUUCCUGACUACCUGUUCCCCCAGCAGCAAGGUGAAAUCAGCCUGGUGCCACCUGACCAGAAACCCUUCCAGACACAGGCAGGUCAGCAGCCAUCCCUCACGCCACUGUCCACCAUCAAAGCCUUUGCCACACAGACUGGCUCACAGGACCUGAAGGGUGUCUACCCAUCGCAGCUGAUCAAGCCUGGCCGCGUCCGCAAGUAUCCCAACAGGCCAAGCAAGACACCCCCUCACGAGCGGCCCUACGCCUGCCCAGUGGAGACGUGCGACCGGCGCUUCUCUCGCUCUGAUGAGCUGACACGCCACAUUCGCAUCCACACAGGCCAGAAGCCCUUCCAGUGCCGCAUCUGCAUGCGCAACUUCAGUCGCAGUGACCACCUGACAACGCACAUUCGCACACACACAGGCGAGAAGCCAUUCGCCUGUGAGAUCUGCGGCCGCAAGUUCGCCCGCAGUGACGAGCGCAAGCGCCACACCAAGAUUCACCUGCGGCAGAAAGACAAGAAGGCAGAGAAGACGGCUGCUGCCGCUGCUGCAGUGGCCCAGAACACCUCAAUCACCUCAGUUUCCAUCUCAGUCCCCUCACCUGCAUCCAGCUACCCUUCUCCCAUCGCUUCCUACCCUUCUCCGGUCUCCUCCUUCCCCUCCCCAGUGGCCUCAUGCUACUCCUCCCCAGUCCACACCUCCUACCCUUCCCCCUCCAUCGCCACCACAUACCCCUCAGUCUCCAGCACCUUCCAGACGCAAGUGGCCACCUCCUACCCCUCCUCUGUGGCCAGCAACAUCUACAGCUCACCCGUCACCACCCCAAUGACCGACAUUCAGGCAGCCACGCUCUCCCCACGGACAGCAGACAUCUGCUGAGACUCUGCCCCAGUCCUCAAACCUCGGAGAAGCCCCCACUCCUCCAUCAACUUCAGCUCCUGUCUGAGAGGGACAGAAAGCGUCAUGGACUUGUCAAUCCCCCUCUCUGCAAAAAAAGCACUUUUCUCUCUGCACUCUUUGCGAGGUUCAGUUACGCAAACGGUCAAGCACUCAGCAAAGACGUUUGCAGACAAAAAAGGGAUGUUUUCUUUGGUCUCGCUCUCUCGCCGCAAAAUCCCUUCCGUUUAAACGAGGCAUUCAAGACUUUAAGAAGGACAAAAAAGAAGCAACAGGCUUUGGCAAGUUUCUUUGUUUUCCUCUGACUGUACACGUAUAGCCGUACAAGCAACGAGCAGAAAGGACUGUAUGUUGUAAUCUAAUGCCUGCAGGUUUCAAGCUCAAACGCCCUCACUAGGCAGGAGUACAUUUACAAAAAGACAUUUGAGUAAUAUACAUAAGCUAUAGUAUAUGUAUAUUGUACAUGUGCCAUGUUUGAGUUUUUUUGUUUUUACUUUUUAGUACCAUUGUUGUGAAAAUUGAUUUGAAUAUUUGCAUUGUAUUAUUCUAAAUUGAGCAGGGCCAUAUUUUAUACAUUCUGUAGUACGUAGUGAAAAUGCUGUGAUAAGUUUUUUGACUUUGUUUGGAUAAAAGCACUUAAGUAUUCUGACGCAUGUGUAAGAGUGAUGUUACUUUCUCUUAUUUUGUAAAUAUCAUCCACUGGUACUAUUCCUCUCUCUCUCUCUCUCUCUCUCUCUCUUAAAUCUCAAAUGUGACAACAGCAGUCUGUUUAACAGAGGGGGAAAAUAAUGGAAAAAAAGACAAAAACAUCAACAACAGAUCUUCAAAUUUUUCGGUGCCUUUUGAGAAGCCUUGCAGAUGUUUUGACAGAUAUACGCGAGAGUGGAUGCUUUGCAUCUAGCCUUAAGGUGUAAGGGAUUUUUUUUCUCUUUUAUUUUCUUUGUUUGGAAAGUCAUUUCAAGGAACGAAGGGAAAGAAUACGAGGGCACUGCAUCAUGUUUUUUGGGAUGUAAGCAAAAAAACUAUAUUUUUGUAACUGAAAUGUACAUAUCUACAGGAGUUGGAAUGCUGUAGUUACCUACUGAGUAGGCAUGGGAAUUUUUUGUAUGUUAUUUACAUGCAGUCCAUUAUUUUGUUGUUAUUUUUAUUUUGUAUUUGUGUUUGUUCAGAAAAAAAGUGACUGUUUAUGGCUUCUAAACACAUUGAAUGCGCUUAACUGCCAAUGGGAUAUUUGGUGUACAAGAUAUCCUUUUCCUGAACGAAAACAUAAAUAAAAUAUAAAUAUAUAUAUGUUCAA